AUGAGCAAGAAACGCUCCAAGAAGGCCACCUCCUCGUCCUCUACACCUCCCUCAUCAUUCACACCUCAGCAGAAUCCUUCAGCUUCCACGUCAACAACUUCUUUUACAUCUCAAGCAACCGUCACCACCCACCGGGAUGAUGCAAGUGUGGCCGGUUCCGCAAUGUUUAAGCCUCGGGCAUCGGCGUUGGAAUCAACCGCCUCGGUCGUUCACAAGGUGAAGUCUCAGGUUCCUGAAACAUUACAAGCAGUCUCCCAAACCAUUCCUCAACGGCUUCCCCAAAACCUCACUCGCUGGACCGGCUCCAAAACAACUGCUAGUACGAAAUUAGAUCAAGAACCCGUCACAAGAACACCAUCCUUCUCGGAACCAUCACCGUCCCAACUUUCACAAUCACCACAAGCACCUUCUCCAAUGCACAAAGUCCUAUCCCCACCAAAACCAACCACCCAGUUAACUGGUGCACCAGAAGAUACCAGUUCGAAAGGAUCACAAGAGGAAUCCAGAUCUGAUACAGGUGACAAGCAAAAAUCAAUAGCAAAUGGAGGAAGCGGAAAGAUAGAAGGCGCUGCCAACACUGAAAUUCUAGAGCAGCCUGAACAGAAAGCCUCGGGUUGGCUAGGAGGGUGGUGGGGUGGAAGCCAGCCGAAUCCAGCUGCGACAAAUACAGAAGCCACACCACCUUCAGAUAACGAAACUACACCAGCGGCAGCUGCGACACCAACAGGUUCGAUGACGCCAAAAUCGCCCCCAAAUCUCCCAUCGAUAGAGAACCUCAAAGCCGAUCAUCGAACUGUACAGAAGGUAAGAAGUGCGGAGAACCUAGGUCUAAAGAGAGCCCUGAAUGGAAGCAUGGCCUCCAUUAAAACCGCGCCGGCAACAAUGGUCGAUCCUCCCAAGGUGACGAUUACAGCCGAAGAACCACCCCCAGCAAACGAUACUUCUGCCGCCGCUACCAUUACAGCUACGCAAGCUUCUACACAAGCUUCCAAGGGAUCAUGGUUAGGGUAUUGGUACGGGGCAAGCGAAAGUGCACCAGCUACCAACAUUGGCGAUACUACAGCAUAUGAUGCACCUCAGUCGAUAGAGAUUGAGAGCAGUGCGGCUCAAGUUGAGGAUGGGAACACAAAGUUCUCCCAGGAUAACGGAACAGCCGCAGCUAGUAUGCCAGAGAACCCAACAAGUGCGCCACCUCAACACGAACAACCUGAAGGUCUAUUGGCGAGAGGGGCGGCAUGGGUUUGGUGGUCAAAGGCAGCACCAGAAACCGACGGGCGCAAGACGGUCGAAACAGGUGAAAUUGCGGUGGCUGGAUCUUCAACUGAAGCAGACCCUCAAAAAGCGAAAAUUUCAGUCCAAACCACAAACGGCAACAAAAGGAGGAGCGAAUCACCGCACUCAAUAAGGUUGAGGCCAAGCUCAGCUUCUGGAUCGCAGCCACCAUCCAUUCCCGUUGCUCCCAAAGAGAUAUCUCCAGCUGCGAAGAAUUUGCAAAAAGUACUACCACCGAACUUGCUCGUACCGUCAUUCGAUUCUUGUUACUACUCUCAACAAUCGCGCCCAUGGUUCAAGCUAAGCUCUGCUGUCAAUCGCUUCUGGUCAGCCCCUAAAGUAGUAUCACGUACUCAUCUCUCGAUCGUUCCAACUCUCCCUCGAAUACGCAAGGCGGUUGCAAUCGGUGUACAUGGUUUCUUCCCUAUGAAGAUUCUUCAGAGAGUGCUCGGUGAACCUACAGGUACAUCAGUUCGCUUUGCAAAUGAGGGAGCCGCAGCAAUUCAACGAUGGGCCGACAAACAUAAUAUCAGCGUCGAUAUCGAGAAGAUUGCGUUGGAGGGUGAAGGUCGGGUUUCUGAUAGGGUCGAAGUGCUGUGGAAGCUGCUAGAGAAUAAGCUAGAUGUGAUUGAAGCUGCGGAUUUCAUUCUCGUCUGCUGUCACUCUCAGGGGACACCCGUCGGUGUACAUUUGGUGGCCAGGAUGAUCGAGUAUGGGCUAGUCGAAAAGUCAAAGAUUGGAAUAAUUGGUAUGGCGGGGAUAAAUCUUGGUCCAUUUGGCGAACUAAAUUCGAGGAUUCUCAGCGGAUCAGCAAAGGAGCUGUUCGAAUUUUCAAGUCCAGAGAGCGAGGUGUCUCUACAGUAUGUCGAAUCACUUACUGCAGUGCUCGCACAUGGGGUCAAGCUAGUUUUUGUGGGCAGUAUCGACGACCAGCUUGUUUCGCUAUACUCAUCAACCUUCUCAAACAUCAGUCAUCCGUUCAUUUACCGGGCUGUGUUUGUUGACGGACGAGUUCAUGCACCGGAUUUCAUCUCCCACGUUGUUGGACUGGCAUUGAAGCUACGGAAUAUCGGUGUAAGAGACCAUGGGAUCAUCAGAGAGCUAUCCAGUCCGCUAGCAGGAAGUUUAUACUCCGGGGAAGGACAUUCGAGAAUCUAUGACGACGCAGCAAUCUACGACCUAGGGGUUAGGCACACGUUGGAGACCACGACCAAGGAGUUCCUCCGGGUGCCAUUAAAAGUAGAGGAAUUCCAGUUGCCUUCGGCAACAAACCCUUAUAUCCUUCCGUGGGCUAUGAGAGGCAUGUUGGAAGAGAAAAAAGUGCAGGAUGAAUUGCAAGAAGAGGCGCAGACCCUCCUCGACGAGUUUUCAAAAUGGCAGCCGGUGUCGAAGGUUUUGAAAGAUGUUAAGUAUGUCACACCAGCCCCCUCCCUGCGAACGAGCGAGAUUAACAUGAGAAUCGUAAUAGGUUUCGAUUAG